UGCUGGAGUCUCGCCUGCUCGCUUCAGCUGCUCCAAGGGUCUGGCACACAGGCGAAGGGAAAGCUCAGGCUGGGAAGAAAGCUUGAAUUAUUGACGAGAGCAAUGGCGUUGCCGUCUGUCCGUGGUGUGAUGUGGGUGGCGAUCCCGCUCAUCUCGGUGCUCGGCCUACUAAGCGGGAGGCUUGUGGGGGCCAGCCAGGACUCUGGGAGUGUCAUCCCCGCUGAAAGCCGUCCCUGUGUUGACUGCCAUGCGUUUGAGUUCAUGCAGAGGGCGUUGCAGGAUUUAAAGAAGACGGCGUAUAAUCUAGACACACGGACAGAAUCCCUCCUCCUGAGAGCAGAGAAGAGAGGCCUGUGUGACUGCUUUCCUGCAAUACUCUGAAAUGGGCACUGGGAUUCGGCCAAUGGACAUUUAUUAAUUUUUAAAAUGCUGUUCAAUAAAUUACAGGAAGAUACAGAGUGCAAGUUGUGCCACACCACAAGAAAAACAAUUUUUAUCCAAACAGGUACAGCUCAGUUAGAUCAUUUUUGCUUUGAUGUGUUUUAUCAGUACUGUAUGUGAUAUUGCAUCUGCUGAAAUGUCAAAAGAAGAAAACAGUGCCAGCGUCUCACUCAUGGGCUUUAUGCAAGGACACCAUCUCACUUUUUUGCUAUUUCAAGCCAAAAAUUGCCCUUAAGACUGUCAGGCCAACCCCUCCGUCCAUGUAAAUCACCACAGAUCUCUGAAACUCAGUGGAGUCACAUUCCUUCAUAUAUUUCUGUUAGAAUGUGUCCCCAACAUGAAAAGGAAGCUACUUCACAACGAUGCUUAGCUAAAAAUUUGCAAACAGGCAGUCAUGGUUUUAUGUAGAAAUUAAUAGCUGUCACUGACAGCUUGGCAGCCCAGGGAAGGAAUUUGUUCCCAAUUGUAUCAAUAGUCCAGUGCACAGCAAGCACGGUAAUCUGCAUCCCAACGUUAAUUUCUUCAAAGCCACCCAGUAGCUGUGAUCUUUUUGGAGGGAUUUAUUAAGUAUCUAAUGUGAUCGCUAACAUUUAUAAUCACAUGAAUACCGCCUGGCAGUUGAACCGAUCGUGUCUGCCAAAAUCUUCUGGAGAAGUGUCUUUCAUUAAGCAAAUCACAUACUGGGCUGAACCACUCUCGCUGGCCUCUGCAGAGAGUUUUGGCAGACAGCCUGCCAAACGCCUGCACACCCAGGAGCCUCCUGCAAACGGUAUUUUUAAAAUAUUUAGGCUCCAGCAAAAUGGUCCAUAGCUCUUGCAUGAACUUUACACAGGGAUGAAUUUCACUCCGUAGCGAUGGGUUACAGUGCUGAUACUAUUAAUAUGCCUGCUGCAAUCAGUGGGAGACGAGAGAGGACAGAAAAAAAUAGGUGUAGCAGUAGUAGUAGUAGACAAGAUUGCACCUUGUUAUUCUUUGAAAAAGAAUAGCAGUCCCUUUCUCCUUGUUUUUCAUUUUUCCUUUUUUGGGGGGAUAGGGUGGGGAGAACAGAAGAUGCCCCCAGUGGAAAGUUUUUGUAGAUAAUAGAAGAUUUUUCAUAGGACUUCAAAUACCCUCCCCAAAGUGUAAUUAGUAGAGAUCAGUAGAUCAGCUAGAGCAUCUAUGUACAGACUAGAAAUUUUAUACAAGCAAGAGUAUGGAAGCAGUAUCAACAACAGCGGAAUUCAAAGUUAUUUUACCAACCUUUAUUAAAAUGUCCAUCUUCCCAAACGUGGCUGAUAUUUUGCUGUCAGGCAGCUCAGUAAGUUAUGACAGUAGCGAGUAACCUCUGAAUGUUUCCAAACCUCUUCUCUUCCAUUUUAUCCCACCACUGCAGGCAUAGGGAACUGCGAGCCACUGCCAACUUAUUAUUUUGUGUGCAGUCACCCUCAGCAACACAAAGGAGUGUAUUACCGUACACUCUGCCAAAGUUGUUUGAAAGGCUUGUGUUUUUCAUCAGGGAAAAGCUUCCUUGCACCUGCAUUUCAAGUAGGAAAUUUACUUUGUCCCUUGUAGUAUUCUAGAAAAACCCUUUAUAGGUCAUCAGGACCUAGAUUGUGUAAUCACGACACAGCAACACAUUGCUUCUCAUAGCAUUACACUCCACUGCAGCACUGGUAACUGACUGAUGGGAACCAACAGAGGUUAUCAGUAUAGGCUGUGUCUUAUUUUACAGAUAAAUUGAUAGGCAUAACACAACUGCUUUGCGAAACACCAACCUUAGGUUGCUUUACUCCCACCUAGAUUUGAACUUAAGCAAUGCACUGAUCACGAGUUGACUUUUUGUAGGAGGCAGAAUUCCAGCACAGCACACCUUCUGGGAACUGCAGCAUGUCUAUGGUUUUGUGUUGUUACUGAACAUGCUUAUUCUGCUGGUCACUUAAAGAAUCUUGCAAAGUCCUAUUAGCAAACACUUUUCUUUGGCUGUGUUUUCAUUUAGAAAAAAAGUUUGCUCACAGCUAACUUUUGAUAUAUGCAGCUUAUUAUGAUAAAAAGGUGGAACGAGUGAUGAGUGGAUGUUCUCUGGCUCCCAACGGGAUCAGAGUGACAUUGCAAGUUUUGGCACUGACUAUAUGUACUCCUCUUUGUCUAACAAAUAAAAAGGCAAGAUGUAUUGCA